CCUGAGGCCGCGUUGGGGGCUGAGUGGGUUGCUUGGCGCCUUCCGCAGUGGCGCAGCGAGUGUCUGUCUGAGAAUUCCUAGUUCCUCCCUCUAGAACGCAGGAGCAACUGGGCAGAGCCUAAGAGGGAGCUCACUGCUCAGACCUGGGCCAGAGACCACAGCUAGCACCAAACUUAGAAGAGCUUCCAGAUGGAUUUUAAAAUCGAAUACACUUGGGAUGGUUUCCCAGUGAGACAUGAGCCAGUGUGUGUCAGGCUGAGUCCGUGUGAGCAGGGAGUGAAGAUGGAGGUUAGUGCUCCAUUAUUCAAUGAUCCUCCAUCCCCUCUCGGAGAACCAGGAAAGCCUUUCAGUGAACUGUGGAAUUAUGAAGUUGUGGAAGCAUUUUUUUUGAAUGAUACAACUAAGCAGUAUUUAGAAGUCGAACUUUGUCCGCAUGGACAACAUUUAGUUCUUUUACUAGCUGGAAGAAGAAAUGUUUGGAAAAAAGAGCUCCCAUUAUCAUUCAAAGCGUCCAGAGGAGGGACUAAUUGGGAAGGUGAAGCUUAUAUUCCUUGGAGUUAUUUCCCACCAAAUGUGACAAAAUUUAACUCAUUUGCAAUCCAUGGAUCAAAUGAUAGGAGAGUUUAUGAGGCACUUUACCCUGUGCCACAGCAUGAGCUACAACAAGGACAAAAACCUGACUUCCAUCGUCUAGAAUAUUUCAAGCCUUUCAGUUUCAACACACUGCUUGGAGAAGAAUGGAGGCAGCCAGAACCAGACCUGUGGUAAUCUAAUAAAUUACAUAAACACAUUUCUACAACAAACAUUUUAACAGAGAUCACCAAAAUGUAGUAUCUCUGUGGUAAAUUGUAUACAGUGAACAAAGAAAUAGAAACUCUGUGUAGCAUAAAAUAAUUUUUACUUAAUUCCUCUCCACACUUGAAAUCAGUACAAAACAAUACUCUAUUUUAGUUGAUGAGACUAUCUAUAUCUGCUAAGGCAUCAAGAUAGAGGAGUUAUCUAACUAGAUAUUUUUACUGAGUAAGAAGAAAUGAAAUAGUCUUGAAUUAAGGAAAUGGAGUUGAUAAUUUUACUUAUAGAUAAAUGGUAUUUUCUUAAUGUUGCUAAAAAAGAUGUCAGAAACCUUCAUUUGAUUUUUGAAGUGUCAAUCCUGGUUGAAGAUUGUUCCAAUAUAAUAAAUCAGUACCCCUGUCUCACAUAAACGGGUCAUGCAGACAAAAACUAAACAAGAGGAGCCUAAGAGUGAAACUGCACCUCAGAUCAACUAGACACAGCUGCAGAGUUCUUCCAGCAGCUGCAGAAUGAACUCUGUUUUCAGAGGCUUAUCGAACAUGUUCCAGAAUAAAACCAGUAACACAUUUGUUGCAAUUCAGGGAGCUGUAGCUACUUGGGUUUAUUUAUACUAGAAGACUUUUAGAUCUGAUAAACAAAUUCAGCCAAGUGGCACACAACACAGUCAGAAUACAUACAAAAAUAAUAGAUUUUCCACACCCCAUUAACCAACCUGCUGAGAAAUCAGGAAUGCAUUUCCACUCUCAGCAAAAAGAAUAGUUAGGAACAAGCUUGUGCCUGUUUGUUAAUUACCUUUCUCAUGGUGUCUAAAAGAUAAUUGACAAAAGCAAGUCUGCGAAGGAAGGAUUUGUAUUGGCUCACAGUGCUGGUUACACUCCUUCAUAAUGGGGAAAAUAUGGCUACAGGAAUGUGAGGUGCCUGGUCACAUGUGUCUACAGUUAAAAAGCAGAGAUGAAUGGUGUGCUCAGCUCACUUUGUCAUUUUCAUUCAGCCGUGGACCCUGUCCUGUGGAAUGAUGUAGACCUCAUUCUGGGUACGCUUGCUGUUCUCAAACCUUUUUAAAAACACUCACACGGACAUAUUGAUGAGAGCAGCUCCUAGGUUAUUCUAACUCCAUGUAAGCGGGCAGGGAGACUAGUCAUCAUAUCUUGCUGAGGUGGUGAAAGGCUUCUACAAUGAAAGUUACAGAGCUUUUGAGAGAGAAAUUAAAGAAGACACUAGAAGAUGAAAAGACAUUCCAUGUUCUUAGAUCAGCAGAUUUAGUAUUGGGGAAAUGGCCAUAUGAAAAUGAGCUAUCUAGAAGUUUUUAUGAUCACUUUCAAAAUUUAGAUGACAUUCUUCACAUAGCUAGAACAGUAUCCUAAAAUGUGCUUGCAAACACAAAAGACCUAUAAUAGGCAAAGAUGUCCUGAGUACCAAGAACAUUAUUGGAAGUUCCUAAUAUUUGGUUUCAAGUUAUACUACAUAGUUGUAGUAAUAAAUGGGACCAGCAUAAAAAUAAGCAAUAGAGCCAUGAACUAGGGCAGAGGAUCCAAAACAUCCUACACAGCUGUAGAUACUUAAAUUUUGACUAAGGAAUAAAAAACACUCAUGAGAAACAAUUUCCUCAACCAUUGAUGCUGGGAAAAUAGUAUAUUGAUAUGGAACAGUAGAGAUAAAUCCCCAUAUCCUGCCCUGUACAUAAAUUAGCCCCAAGACCUUAAUAUAAGAUCUGAAACAUUGAAGUCAAAAGAAAUAAAAGAAUCAACAAAAUGAAUUUCAUCAAAUUAAAAAGCUGCAUAUGAAAGGAGAUAAUUAAUGAAGUGAAGAGACAGACUAUAGCAGGGGAGAAUCAGAGUCCUAACAUCCAGCAUAUCCGAAGUACUUAGAAAAACACCACCCCAGCAAGGGAGGGCAAAGUGCAAUCAAUAAGCAGGCAGAUCAUCUACACAGUUCUCAAAAGAACUUGUAUAGGUAGCUAAUGAUUAUAAAAAACUUAGUGUCUUUAGGUAUUAGGAACAUGCAUGUUAAAAAACUGCAUUGAGAUUUCAUUUCAUCCCAGUAAAAAUGACUAUCCUGAAGAAAGCAACAAAUGCUGGUGAGGGUAAGGAGAAAGAGUUCAAAUCCUCUAUUCUUGGAGACUUAUAUUAGUAUUGUCAACAGUGGAGCUAUACUGAAAAUAGAGCUGCAUAUGGUCCAGCUCUACCACUUUGAGUACAUCCCCCAGGGAAUCUGAAUCAGCAUAGCUGUGUUCAUCACACUAGCCAAGCUAUGGUGCCGGUCUAGGUGUCUGCCUACGGAUGAAUGGAUAAAGAAAACACACGCACACGCACGCAAGACAGCACAGAGAAAUGGCAUACCAUUCAGCCACAAAAAGAACAAAAUUAUGUCAUUAUCAGGAAAAUGGAUGCGUCUAGAUACUAUGUUAAGUAAAAUAAGUCAGUCUCUGAAACAUAAAUAGCUCUUGUUUCUCCUCCUGUAUGAAAGUUGAAGAAAAGAAAACACCUGAAUAUACAAGAGGAGACUAUUAGAGAAGUGGAAGAGGAUUUAAGGAGAGAUGGGUGAAAAGAUGGAGUGGGGAAUAAAAAAUGUCUAUAGUUGUAUACAUGGAUGGAUCUGCCAAUGUAAAACCUGCUAUUCUGUGUAAUCUUAUCCAAGUAAAAAUGGCUGUUUUCAAGAGAAGAACAAAUGCUGGUGAGGGGAAGAAGGAAAAAGAUCUGUGUCUAUUAUUUAUAUUAGUAUUAUUAACUGUGAAAAUCAAUAUGCUGAUACACAAAUUAAAAGUUUCUUGUCUAGAAGUCUC